AUUAUUUUUCCGUGUUUUGGUGUGGCUACAUUGAUUUUUGGCUCGCAAUUGUUUACAUUUAUUUUUUUCGUAUAUCUGCGAAUUCCCGAGAUUAUUUGACAUGGCCGACGAUCCGGAGAACUCGGUGGACAGGCCCACGGACGAGGGAGAUGCCAGCAAGCCGGAGAAGAUGUUCACCCUGAAGAAAUGGAGCGUUGUUGCAAUGUGGAGCUGGGAUGUCGAGUGCGAUAUUUGUGCCAUUUGCCGCGUUCAAGUUAUGGCCCUACAUAUGUAGCAAGUCAAAGUUUCCGCCAGCCAGAAACUUCUUGCAAUUCAAGCAUUUGCAAAAUCCAUAAAGACAAAGGGAAAGAGAAAGGCAAACCAUAACAAUCAGCGCUUUAUACCCUUUCCAAAAUGUAUUACCGAUUUACCAACAGGUUUGCCACUGUUCCGCAAAAGAUUAUUAUAACUUUAUGAAUUCCGGGACCAAAUGUUUGAUUUAAGCGUUCUACGACAAUUUUAUGUUACUUCAGGUCGUUCAACUCCAUAUAUUUCACCAUUAACUAUAGUCAAAAGUAAGGAUUUAAUGUGUUGUAUUGAAAAAUAUAUAUUUUUUUAAUUUUCAAUA